AUGAGAUUUGGUGUCCAAGCUUCCAAGAAACUCUUGUGUCUCCCCAAGUCAUCAUCAUCCGUCGGAGCACUGACUUUUUGUCGUUCCGUGUCUACAUUGGGUACUAGCACUAGUACUGGCAACUCUGUCUUUUCCCCUCAUGCCGUUGGCUGUGCCUGUGGCAAAUGCGGUGGCAAACCCAUUCACGAACGUCACUUGGCCAGUGCUACCAGCAGUGCUACUAACAGAGGUGUCAUUUUCAUGGGUCCCAACGACGUGCAAGUCAAAGGCAUUCCGUUCCCGGAAUUGGCGUUGGAUUCCACGUCGUCUCCUGUGGUCAGUGAACGACAAACCCGCAAAUGUGAGCACGGUGCCAUUUUAAAAGUUGUCACCACCAAUAUUUGUGGAUCCGAUCAACACAUGGUCCGUGGUCGCACGUCAUUGCCGGGUGGCCACAUGGUGUUGGGACAUGAAAUUACCGGUGAAAUUGUCGAAUGUGGAAGUGAUGUCGAAUUUUGCAAUGUGGGUGAUAUCUGUUCGGUGCCCUUUAAUAUUGCCUGUGGACGAUGUGCCGCCUGUAAACGAGGCGAUACCGGGCUUUGUUUACAAGUCAAUCCGGCACGAGCGGGAGCGGCAUAUGGAUAUGUCGAUAUGGGAGGAUGGAUUGGCGGUCAAGCCGAAUACGUCAUGGUCCCCUACGCUGAUUUCAAUCUGCUCAAGUUCCCCGACCGGGAUCAUGCGAUGGAGAAAAUUAGGGAUUUGACCUGUCUCUCGGAUAUCUUUCCCACGGGAUUUCACGGAGCCGUCCAAGCCAAUGUUGGACCCGGUUCCAUUGCCUACGUCGCGGGGGCGGGUCCUGUCGGUCUAGCGUGUGCCGCCAGUUGUCAGUUGCUGGGGGCUGCCUGUGUCAUUGUCGGGGACAUGAUUCCUGAACGAUUGGUCCAAGCGGCAUCGUUUGGUUGCGAAACCAUCGAUUUGAGACAGGAUGGAGACUUGCGAGACCACAUUGCCGCCAUGGUUCCGCACAGUGAUGGAUACGUCGACAGUGCCAUUGAUUGCGUCGGAUUUGAAGCGCGGGGAACCGGUGCCCAAGGCAGUGCCGUGGAAAAACCCGCGCAAGUACUCAACGAUUGUAUGGAGAUUGUCCGGGAAGGUGGCUCGAUUGGUAUUCCCGGACUCUACGUAACGGAAGAUCCAGGGGCGGUCGAUGAUGCCGCCAAAAUUGGAGCUCUCUCUUUGCGAUUGGGAAAGGGAUGGUCCAAAUCGCAUUCCUUUCAUACCGGGCAGUGUCCCGUCAUGAAGUACCAUCGAGGUCUCAUGAAUGCCAUUCUAUUCGACAAGAUACAGAUUGCCAAGGCGGUCAAUGUCGAAGUCAUUUCCAUGGAUGAUGCGCCAAAGGGGUAUGCCGAUUUUGAUUCGGGUGCGGCCAAGAAAUUUGUCAUUGAUCCUCAUGGCAUGGUAGCCUAA